AUGUCAUACUUGCCACUGGCACACAUUUAUGAGAUUUGUGGGAUUCUAUUGAAUGUGCAGCGGAUUUGUGAAUUGACAGUAAUCACUGUGGGUGGAUGUAUUGGGUACUCCACUGGCGACCCCUUGCGCUUGAUGGAUGACACCUUGAAACCUCACUUUUUCCCAUCAGGUGCUAUUUUCCGAACAGAAGUGCAGACGAAACUAGAUCAACUUCACAAGACCAGGGUAACUGCCCACAUCAUAUGGGAUGCAUUGGUGUUCCACAAGAUUCAUGCUGCACUUGGAGGGAAUGUUUUGCUGAUGGUCACCAGUUCUGCUCCCAUUAGCGGCGAAGUGGUUGAUUUCUUCAAGAUCGCUUUUGGUUGUGGUAUUACAGAAGGGUAAGUGAGGUCACAGGGUCGCUCGAUUAUGUUCCAUUAAUGACUCUGGGCAGUUAUGGCAUGACAGAGAAUUGUGGAGUUUGCAUGUGCACUUCGCAGGGAGACCCAACUGGUGGUGGGGUGAUCAGCCUGCCUCAACCAAUUCUCGAAGUCAAACUCAUUGACCUUCCAGCGAUGAAUUACCUGUCUAACGAUAAGCCGAACCCAUGUGGAGAGUUAUGUGUCUGCAGC